AAAGGUUGGUUGUAAGGUGAUAUUUCCUGGAAGAUUAUUCAGUUCUGUUGAAGGCAAGUGCAAUAUGAUUACAAAGCUCGUAACUGUAAUUAUUAACUUUGGAGGCCUUUUCAUUUCAAGAUUUUCUUUACAUACACAAACAUUUUUAAUUACUACAGAGACGAUUUUUAGAGAAUCUGAAGUCUAAGGUGUAAGUUAGCAACAUUCAUUUAUGUAGUUUAAAUGUGUGCCAAUAGUUGAUGUAUACACAACCACUACAACCAAUAGCAUGAAGCCCACAUGAGUGAGAAAUAGAAAUCAGCUUUGUUAGGGUUUUGAUUAGGAUCACACUUGAAGAAGUUUGAGAUAAUUCUUAAUAGCAGCUUUCAUGGCAUAUAACAAAACAAACUGUAUGUCAUAUAGUUGUCUCAUUUCCUCCAGACAGAAACAGAAAUGACAUGAGGACUUUUAUUGAAGAUACUAUUGGUUGGUUGGUCAGCAAUCUAUUACAACUGCCUACAGUUUGAAUGAGUGAAACGCCACGCCGAAGUGAUAUAGACCUGCUGAAAAUUCACAUUCAAAACUUGCAGGAACUUUUCGCAGGGUGUUAUGACAACUUGAAAAAAAAGCAGAGUGGCUAAGGACUUCCUCAAAAGUUUCACAAGAUAGAGAUGAAAGAUAAAUGGCACAGCACGUUCAGACUCACAUUCAGACACGCCACACCAGUAACCAUCAAACAUCAGCCAGGUUGGAAGCACAAUGACUGUGAGUGAAGUGAUCUACACCUUUUUGGAGGUGCUCAUUGCUGUCAGCUGCUGUUUGGGUAACAUGUUGGUUAUUUUUGCUCUGUGGACCAGUAAGAGCAUCCAGCUGCCCACCUUCUGCCUUAUUGUCUCUCUGGCUGUUGCUGAUUUUUUGGUGGGCUGCGUGGCCAUACCUCUGGCUGUGGUGGUGGACGGACGAGUGGAGACUUCAUUUUACGGCUGCCUCUUCAUCAGCUGCGUGGUCAUCCUGUUGACUUUAGUCUCAGUUUUAUGUCUUGCGGCUAUUGCAGUGGACCGUUACCUCCGGGUAUACAUCCCUCUCAGGUACAAACGGACUGUAACACGGAAACAUUCAUGGCGUGCGGUAGCAGCAUGUUGGCUUGUUGCAAUACCACUAAGCUUUGCUCCCAUGUUCGGAUGGUACAACCGUGAAACCUUGUCUAAGUCAGGCAACUCUACCUUUGUCUGCAAAUUUAUAGAGGUGAUCCCCACAUCAUAUCUGGUUUACUUCAACUUUUUCCUCUGCACUUUGACACCUUUGUUGAUUAUGACUGUAUUGUACGGAUUUGUAUUCUGUACCAUUCGAGGAAACCUCAGAGAGAAACCAGGCAACAGUGCCCAGAAACAAUCUCAGAACUACCUCAGGAAAGAGAAACAGCUGGCAGGAUCUCUGGCCCUGGUACUGGUCCUGUUUGCCCUGUCCUGGCUCCCUCUCCACAUAAUGAACUGCAUUGCUUACUUUGGUGGGCUGAAUGUUGUACCAGAGAUAGCUUUCCAUGUAGGCAUCCUUCUUUCUCAUGCUAACUCAGCUGUAAACCCAGUUGUGUAUGCGUUCAAAAUACAAAAGAUCAGGACUGCAUACCUGAAGAUAUGGAGAAAGUAUAUUGCAUGUGGAGAAGAAAAUCAAGGAUCUCAGUCAAGCCAGACGAUGGACAACAAUCUCAGCAGUAACAUUAACAGUGUGGUCAAUGAUGAGUGAGGGCAGAUUUUCCUGUUUGUGUGUUUGUAUGUUCUGAGGGACUAAGUUUCGAUUUACUACUAUGCAUAAACACACAAACAUGUAAAACAUGAUGACGUUGUGUGAAAGGUAAAGAAAGUCAGUGAGGGUAUUUGAAAUGUAUUGAAAUCACAUAGCCACGCUUUAAUUGAUGAAGAUGAUAGUAGUGUUUACUGAAAUGGUAAAAAAAAAAAUCCUGACAUCCACUGAAAGCUCUAUUAUCUGUUAUGUUCAGGAAUCUGCAUGUGUUUGUGUCCUGUAUAUGUGGGUGAGUAUACAUGUCUGUCUGUAUUGCGAAAACUGUCUUGCAGAGGAAAAGGUUGACUUCCACUUGUUUUAAAAGCUCUAGUUUUUACACCAAGUUUCAUAUCACUGUUGUUUUUCUGUUUCUGUUCAAGUUCCAGUUCUUCAAGAAAAGAAGAGCUUUUACAUCAAAUGUGUUUAAACCAGUCAGUCCACAUAAACUAGAAACCAAAUAACCAAGGGAAAGAAACCUAAACACAGUGUAAUGCUGUCCAUUAUGCCUGCAGUAAAUCCUUCCUUUUUAACAUUGUAAAUGUUUUUUGAGGUUGAAUCAGACAAUUUAAGUUAGCUGCAUGUUAAGUUUUUAUUUGUGUUAUUUUCUUAUGGAGUACAGUAUCAUAACAAGGCAGUGCAGUGAGUUUCAUGAAAAAGGCAAAUUCUUCAGUAAACAUUUUGCACCAACUUUUAACAAACAUUUGUUGGCAUGACAGCACAGCUACUGACCUAUAUAUUUAUUUUUAUCUCAAAAAUUCAGCUGAAGCUCCCCCUUGAUUUAGUACGUAUUGUAUGUUCAUUAGAUUUACUAACAGACGUAUGCAUGUUUGUGGUUGGUUAGUUUCAUUUCCUGACUUCUGUGUACAGCUCAACUUUCCACUGCACACACAGUGUGUAAUGACACUGAAGCUGAAUUAAAUAUAUUUAAUGUUUAUGAAUACAGUUUUUUAGCAUUACUUUCUGCCUGAUGUAAACAGCUUAUGCAGAUAAACAAAUUUCUUUCACCAACACUAGUACAGUAGUGAAUUUCCAAGCUGUUCGUGCAACAUAGUGAUAUGACUCAGUUUUAACUGCAAAAGCUUAAACAUGUCUCAUUUCCUGCUUUGACUGACUGGGGCACUUAUGGUGGAACUAUCCAUUAGAAAUUAAACUACUAUCAAUGCUGUAAUCUUUAUGUGGUUAUAAAAUGCUCCAUGGUCCACCAUGAACUUGCUUGCAAGUGCACCAUGAAGUCUAUAAGCUGCUCACUUUAAAAGACCAUACUGCUUAAAGAGCACUUCACAAACUGGAUUUACAGUGAUACAUUUUGCAA